AUGGCCGACCACAUACAUACCCAGAGCGAGGGUCAGUGGGAACAGUCAGGCCAGUCAGGCCUUGAGGCAGCUCCAGAUCGAUUCUCAACCGCGCCGAUCCCGUACGAUCCCAGCGAGAUGCAAAGUCCCAGGGAGAAGUCAGUGUGGACCUCAAGCCACGCAUACCCCGUUUCCCCCUCUACUCCAUUGGAAAGACGACGAAUUCUUGGCCUUACCGUACCCUUUUUCUGGUGCCUCGUUAUCGCACUCGUCGUGAUUCUAGUUGGAGGAAUCGCCGGAGGUGUUGCAGGGGGUUUGGCAGCACAGAAAGCCAACAGUUCAUCGACUUCCUCCCAAUCAACCGCAACAUCAUCCACAUCCCGUUCGGUACCCACCGGCGUCCGCUCCGCCCCAACCGACGACGGCUGUCCCAACAUCAACCAGACCACAUACACGCCCACUAACGGCAACGGAAACUCAAUGAAGGUUGGCUCUGGCUCAGCCCAGUCCUUCCAGCAACUCUGCGAAGUCAAUUACCCCUCAGGCGCCGCGUACGGAAACCCAGAGCUCUACGACAUCUUCAAGGUAUACGUCCCAACUUUCAGAGAGUGCAUGGAUUUGUGUGCGGCGUAUAACCAAGAGUACAACAACAAUCUUGCCCAAGGCAAUGUUGCAAGUGGAGGGUAUUGCCGAUCUGUCGCCAUGAUCAAGCUCCCUGGGGAGUACUGUUAUCUGAAGAACGGGACCGGCAAGAUGGACACGCAGGGGCAUCCCAAGGAUUUCAUCAGCGCCGUUGUUAUCUCUGGGUUGCCUGAUUUGUAG